GGAGUGGCACCUGCCGGAUCGAUGCCUUUGUCAGUUUGGUCGGGAGCAGUGCAUUCCGUUGGAAGUCCCCGAGAGUCAAAGGGCGUUUCACGGUCGAGAUGGUCGGCAAGGUACUCACGAUUGGCCCACGAAGUUGGCGGAAUUGAUCGCGGUAUGGGAGAACAGACAACUUCAGGAUAUUGUCACUCCAACAAGUGUGGGUCGAAUGGGGUAUCAUGACCCAUACAUGGAUAGAUAUCGACAAACAUCGGUUCGGUACGUGACUCCGGAGGGUGCGGCCGAUGGUGCAUUGGUUGAUGGGAUCGAGCGGAUCAAAGCGUUGACCCAUGGGAAACAUGAAAUGGGACAUGAAGAUGUGAGCUUAAUCAGGAGGAUGAC